UGGGAAAAUUUGAGGAUAAAACUCUUUAGAAUGUCUUGAAAUUUUUUUUUUUAAUAUAUAUAUUUUUGCGUAGCUGUCUGUGUGGCCACGGCCUCUGGGCUGGGAUGAACUGCGCUCGCGGUGGAGGUAGGGCAGCCGAGCCGGAGCCGUGGCCGGCACUGUUGUUGCAGUCGGACUGACCAUCGCUGCCACAGGAUUUGCAGGCCAUUAUGUUUUGCAAGCCAUGAAGCAUGUGGAGCCUCAAGUAAAACAAGUCUUUCAAAGUCUACCAAAAUCUGCCUUCAGUGGGGGCUAUUACAGAGGUGGAUUUGAACCCAAAAUGACAAAACGGGGAGCAGCAUUGAUACUGUGUGUAAGCCCCACUGCCAAUAAAGGAAAAAUCAGAGAUGCUCAUCGACGAAUUAUGCUCUUCAAUCACCCAGACAAGGGAGGAUCACCUUAUAUAGCAGCCAAAAUCAAUGAAGCUAAAGACUUAUUAGAAGGUCAAGCUAAAAAAUGAAUUUUAAAGUACAUACUAGUUUAUGUAUAUGAAUGAGUCUGACUUUUUAUAAUAAAAUACCUCAAAGCUUUGAUUUUUAAAA